AUGCUUGCACUUUCUGCCCUGGCAGUCAGCCAAGCCAGUGAUGUUAAAAUAUGUGGCAAGCCGGAGACAACCUUUCGAAAUGCACUUGUGGAAGUUGAUUUCAUUGCCGAGAAGGAAAUUGUAGAUUGCAACCCAAAUAUGACGGAACUCUGUGCAUUUGUCCUCGGCUUCAAACUGAAUGACGAGGUUUCACCGCUUGAUCAGUUGCCUGUGCAGGAUGAUAAGGUUGCAGUGAAUGUAGACUACACAGUGCAUACUUAUGUAGCAACUACUGAACCAUCAAUUGAGUUAGCAAAUAAAAAGGUGCAGACAGCAAUCUUGUUAAAUGGAGAACUUGGUGAUAAGCCACUCACCUUCGUCUUCGCGGAAAAUCUUGAUAAAAGUGGACGUCGGUAUACACUUACUGUCGAUCCGACAUGUGAAGCACUUGCCGCGCCUCAGUGUGAAUUCAGUCGCAUCUUUUUAGUGCUUGUCCUGGCAAAGCUUAUCGCGACGCUAUAG